CGCUCCUUCCCAAGCUCAUUGGCCUCCGCGUCUGCACCGGCGAUGGGGAUUCUGCUGCAGAACCUGGCCCGGGGAGGACGGGUGGGCGCUGCGCUCUGUUCCUGGGCAAGUACUCGCGGGCCCAGCGGGCCGCAGCGUCCCAGCCGGGGUGCGGGAAGCCUUUCGCGCAGCCGGGGUGUCCCAAGGUGUCCGAGAGGCCAGCCAACCCUAGGAGGAGUCACGGGGACACAACAGUUCUCCAGCUGGGACUGCUGGCAGGGUCUUCCCCGAGGAAGACACAGUGUUCCUCACGGACACCAGGCUCCCGCGCAAGCCACGGUUAGCUGCCGAACGUUGGGGAUGGACCACAGGGAGGAAGGUUUCCAAGCAGGUGCAAAGGAUGACAGGGAUCCAAAGGCCUCCCCGCCCCCCGAGAACCUCAUAAGACCCCCGUGCUCUCUGUCACCCGAGCUCCAGCCUCCAACGAACUGCUGCAUGAGUGGCUGUCCUAACUGCGUGUGGGUAGAUUAUGCAGACGCCCUGCUGAGGCACUACCAGGACGGUGGGCAGCAGGCCCUGGCCGUCCUAGAGGAACAUGUAACUGACGAGAACCUCAAGGCCUUCCUCAGAAUGGAGAUCCGGCUCCGCAUGCAAAGUGGAGGCUGAGCCAGUUUACCUGGGACUCCUUGCCAUGGACAGAAGCUGCCCCUAAGAAGCAGCAGGGCCACCUUUGUUCUUGCGUCUGGAAAACUCCACAUAUCUGCCAGGUAUAGGAAUUACCAUAUAACAGCUUCACCUCCAAAUAAAUUCUCUGUGACAACCCAA